UCAUAGCGACAUAUCAUGAACCAAAGGGAAAGCUCCGCAAGAACUAAUAACACCAAACCGGACGUAACCGGAUCAACGUCCGCCGUACCGGAAUGGACAACCGAGACCAUCAAUGGUGGAUCAUUCCGCCAAGUAGAUCUCCAUACCGGAACCAACGGCUGGGCCUCGCCUCCAGGCAACGUCUUCUCUCUCCGCUCCGCCAACUACUUCACCAUCAAACAGAAAUCUCCCGGCGGAGACUACCUCCUCUCUCCCGCCGGCGUUGACUGGCUCAAAUCCACUUCAAAACUCGACAACAUCCUCUCCCGUCCCGACAACCGUGUGGGCCACGCGGUCAGGAAUGCCCGGUCCCAAAACAGCUUCAUCUUCGCGGUGAACUUCGAAGUCUCAGGCAAGGAACACUACCACAUGGUGUUAUACUUCGGGACGGAAGAGCCUCUUCCCUCGGAUUCUCCCCUCCAACGUUUCAUCGACGGAGACGAUUCUUUCCGUAACCAGAGAUUCAAGUUAGUGAGCCAAGUCGUGAAAGGUCCCUGGGUGGUUAAAGCGGCGGCAGGGCAGUUCGGGGCGUUUCUUGUCGGUAAGACCGUGAAGUGUAACUACCACAAAGGGUCUAACUACUUUGAGGUCGAUGUUGAUACAGGUAGCUCGGCGAUCAUGUCGGCGGUUGUAAGGCUUCUGUUAGGGUACACCAACUUUAUUGUCGAUGUUGGCUUGGUUAUUGAGGCGCAAACGGAGGAUGAGCUGCCGGAGAGACUGAUCGGGGGUGUUAGGUUGUGUCAUAUGGAUUUAUCGUCGGCGUUUGUGGUCGGAGAGCAGGGGUUGGGACCGUGUAGAAUGUUGGGUUCGGUCGAAGCAAGCCAUCACGACGAGGACACGAACUGAAUGUCAACGAAAGGAAUGAAUCUAGGUCAACAAUUAUAAUAUGUCUCAAUAAAAAA